AUGGACAUAAACAGCACCCAAACCAAAUAUUCUGAUGACCAUACAGGCACCCAAACCAAAUAUUCUGAUGAUCAUACAGGCACCCAAACCAAAUAUGCUGAUGACCUAAGAAAAGCUACAGGCACCCAAACCAAAUAUUCUGAUGAUCAUACAGGCACCCAAACCAAAUAUUCUGAUGACCAUACAGGCACCCAAACCAAAUAUUCUGAUGACCAUACAGGCACCCAAACCAAAUAUUCUGAUGACCAUACAGGCACCCAAACCAAAUAUUCUGAUGACCUAAGAAAAGCUACAGGCACCCAAACCAAAUAUUCUGAUGACCAUACAGGCACCCAAACCAAAUAUUCUGAUGACCUAAGAAAAGCUACAGGCACCCAAACCAAAUAUUCUGAUGACCAUACAGGCACCCAAACCAAAUAUUCUGAUGACCAUACAGGCACCCAAACCAAAUAUUAUGAUGACCAUACAGGCACCCAAACCAAAUAUUCUGAUGACCUAAGAAAAGCUACAGGCACCCAAACCAAAUAUUCUGAUGACCAUACAGGCACCCAAACCAAAUAUUAUGAUGACCAUACAGGCACCCAAACCAAAUAUUCUGAUGACCAUACAGGCACCCAAACCAAAUAUUCUGAUGACCUAAGAAAAGCUACAGGCACCCAAACCAAAUAUUCUGAUGACCAUACAGGCACCCAAACCAAAUAUUCUGAUGACCAUACAGGCACCCAAACCAAAUAUUCUGAUGACCAUACAGGCACCCAAACCAAAUAUUCUGAUGACCAUACAGGCACCCAAACCAAAUAUUCUGAUGACCAUACAGGCACCCAAACCAAAUAUUCUGAUGACCUAAGAGAAAAUACAUCCAGUCUAUUGACAUAUAGUUUCUAUUCCAAUGUGGAAAAGUCUGAUUCCAAUGUGGAAAAGUCUGAUUCCAAUGUGGAAAAGUCUGAUUCCAAUGUGGAAAAGUCUGAUUCCAAUGUGGAAAAGUCUGAUUCCAAUGUGGAAAAGUCUGAUUCCAAUGUGGAAAAGUCUGAUUCCAAUGUGGAAAAGUCUGAACACAAUGUGAAAAAGGUCUUGUAA